AUGUCUUUAUCUCUUGAGCACAUCGAUGCUUGUGUGCCAACUACAGCAUUGAAAGCACUCUCUUGGGGUAGCCGGAAUCUCAUUCUUCAAGGCCAAGGCCCAUUCUUACGCGUCGUUGACGAUGAAUCUGGGGAUGUAGUGACCCAAGUGCGGGUCUUCAAACGCAACAACCUACAUGGAUUCAUUUCAUUGUCGGAAGAGCAAGAUGAUAGUGACCCAAAGCAUGUUCGAUUCAUCAUUUGGGGUGGCCAGUCAUUGCGGGUGGUUGAUCUGAGAUCAGACUCGAAUGGUGGAAUCAAAGUAUCCGUUUCGUCUUCAGAGUUCCUUGCUCCAGAUUGGGUCAUGAGCGGCUGUGCGGCAGUGAAGGAUCAGCCAGACGCGGCGUACUUGAUCACUGCCAAUAACUCAAUUUUGUGUUUAAAGCUCACGCCUAGCUCCGAAUCUCCGGGCCAGUCAGUGAUCAAUAUCUACCAACUUUCAACGAGUGUCAAGUCUAUUUUGUGUGCGGCUGACCUGGUUGCACUGUCACCGACCCAUGUGCUCAUUGCAGCGGGAACCAUCUUUGGAGAGAUCAUUGUUUGGUCCUGCUUCAUGGAUGCCAGCGAAAUAACCCAAAACAAAGCGUUUGGAUCAAUUCACCACUUCUUCACCGGACACGACGGAACUGUCUUUGGUGUGCAAAUAUCGCCUAUGAUCUCAUCAAUGACCGGGGGAAAGCCAGGUCGUGUUCUGGCCAGUUGCAGUGAUGACCGAACAGUGCGAAUCUGGGACAUUUCUGACUGUGAACACAAGUCUGCCCAUGAUCCUUCGGCGUACUCUACAGACGGGUUUGACCUCCGAAGCACGGGCUUUGGUGCCACAGAUGGCGCUGAUUCAGGGACUGGGACUGAGUCUUGCAUCGCGCAGGCAUUUGGACAUGCUGCUCGUAUAUGGAGUAUCGGCUUUCGAUCGAACAUAUCUCAAGACUCCUCUAAGAUCGGUCUCGUGACUCGGGGUGAGGAUGCUACAUGUAUUGUGUGGGAUUUGACCUGGGAGUCAUCAUCCCAAGGGACUACAAAAUACGAAUUACGCAAGGACUUCUCGUCAGAUGCACACUUAGGGAAGCAUAUCUGGUCGAUGGAUCUUUGCCGUCGCGGCGAUGAGACUGUGGUUUACACAGGAGGUGCCGAUGGAGCACUGAGAAAUUUCAAGAUUGACGAAGUUCGACCCUCACCGACACCCAAAAAGUCUAUAGUGAAAGAAAAGAGUGCCAAAACCAGCUGCGUUCAACAUUUCGCCUUCGUUGCUGAGGAUUGCCUCAUUAUGUGCAACAAAGCAAGCCAGCUUCAGAUUGGAAACGUCAGCCAAGGACUUGAUGCCAACAUCACAUGGGAACCUUUGCAUACCAGAGAAGAUAUUGGCUUGAUUUCACUGAUAACCGGAAUCCCCGAUAAAGGCCUUGCAUUGAUAAGUGAUCCUCGAGGAAAGGUUUGGUUGUACAAUCACAGUCUCAAAUCGGUCUCUGAACUCAUUGAUCUAGCCGGGCGACCAAUGGAACUUUUAGUGCUUCAGCAGCGCGAUAUUGAUCUCGGAGCUCCAACCGAGAAAAUAUUUUUUGUCGCUUCUUAUGCUAAGGAUGAUUUUGCAACAUUGGUGACGAUCUCGGAGUGGAGCAGUGAUCGCCCUAAGGUGGAAGCCACCUCAAUCGUUUUGCCUCAGGUACCGUAUGAUGUGGCCUCUGCUUCUCUCAUCGGGAAUGGCGAGUACUUGCUGCUAGGGUCCAGGCUUGGUGGCUUAUCAGUACACCCGGUCGGAAAUCCUGAAGUUUCCACUGGUCCUCUCCUUGUUGACCGACGUGUCCAUGGUCACAACGGUACAAACCACAUCCAAACACUUUCCUCCGUGAAAGCCUCGGAUAGUUCAGAUCUGGAAUACGUAUUGACAUGUGGACGUGAUGGAAAAUACUGUGUCCAUGAAGUGAAGAUUGGCAAGGAGAGAGGUGAUGCGGUCACUCUCACCACUGUGCAUAGGACAGAGUCGGCACUCGGUGGAAACAUUGAAGGGGCAUACUUUGACGAGCUGACUGGUGAUUUGAUGAUGUAUGGGUUCAAAUCUCAGGAUUUUGUUUUACGAAACGAGUCGAAAGGGACAGACAUCACUUCAAUUGGAUCUGGAGGCACUCGCAGGCCAUGGGGCUUCCAACGACGCAUCAAGGGGGGAAAUGGCGAUCUCCUCGUUUGGAGAGAGGGGCCUUCUCUUGCCAGUCAACGCAUUCGGCAUGAUGUCAAUUGCUUGGUUCGAGCAGGAGGCCAUGGUAGAGAAAUUAAGGCCAUGGAUGGCUUGAAUGGGACCAACGAUGCCCCACCUCUUAUUGUCACCGGGGCCGAAGAUACCACGAUCCGAAUUUCCACCAUUCUAGAUACUCCCACUACAGGCCCUUGGGGAUCUGUGCAGACUCUUCGUGUUCUGAGCACACACGACUCUGGUGUUCAAGAAGCUUCAUGGUCGAAAUGUGGAAAGUAUCUAUUCACGAGUGCUGCCUGUGAAGAAUUUUUCAUAUGGAGAGUCCGAUGGAUCCCUUCGUUUGGAAUUGCUACAAUCCUAGCAGCAGUUUGUCCGAAAGAUGACCCAAGUUCUGAGCUUCGUAUCACAAGCUUUGAUGUGGUGGAGGUAGACGAAGGAGAAGGAUCUGGCUUCCUCUUAUGCCUCACUCUUUCGAACUCUACCAUUAAGAUCUUCCACUACUCGCCGCAAAAUAACGAUACUUUCACGCUUCUGGCCCGAGGAAAAUACAUGACGAAUUGUUUGACACAAGGACGCUUCAUCAUCCAAGGGUCUUCUGUCACGCUCGUGACGGCCGCUACAGACGGAUACUUCACGUUGUGGGAUCUUACCGAUACCCUGAAGCGAUUUUACACAAUCGGCUCCUCCUCUUUGAAAGCCAUCGGGCAAUUUGACCCGGAAACAUCCCCUGAGGAUAUUACUUGUGAGAACAGGCAUGUUGCCCAUUCUAACAGCAUUAAGGCCAUGGAAUUAGUUUUGUUGUCUGACACAAGAACUAUGAUUGUGUCUGGUGGUGAUGAUAAUUCGUUGUCAAUAUCACUUUUGGGAACUGACCCGAACCAAACGGCGGACGCCGAUACACACGUUUCGACCAUCUCCAUCCCAGAUGCACAUGCAGCCUCAAUCACGGCUAUCAAGGUUCUGAGCCAGACACAUUCUAAGGCGAACGAUGUCGGGAUUGAAACUGCGAAUAUUAUUUUGGCCUCGGCAGGAAACGAUCACCGCGUCAAGAUUUGGUCGAUUACUGCUCCUCUCUCUCAAAGUUCCAGAAACAUUGAAGCCCACUUUGUCCAAGACAGGUACAGUGCCGUGGCUGAUAUCUCUUCUAUGGGUCUGGUCCGUAGGUCAGACUCCAGCGUACCUUCAUCUGAAGAAAGCUAUGCCACGCUACUGGUCGGUGGCGUUGGUAUUGAGCUUCUGAAGAUAAAACCAUGA